CUACACUGUGCUCCGAACCCACCCGGACCCGUACCCCCCAUCGCGCGGACAGCAGCAGGGUUACGGGCCGUCGCCGUCGUCGCCGGCAGUAGCUAUCACUAGUAUAAGACAGUAUAAACCAACUCUGAGCAUGACAUACUAGACUAAGAAUCUCACUGCCGAAGCUAGAAUAAUUAUUAUUACGAGAAUACUACCAGCCGAUCAUCGACUCUUGGCUAUCAAUAACCACAUGAUCCUGGCAACCCCGCUCACAAGAAUUAGAUGGCCGACCAGACUACAGUCGGCUCUGCCACCGGAUGCAGCGCCGAAGACGAUUUGCUGACAGCUCGGUGGAAAGAGAUCGCGGCUGUGCCUGAUGAAGGUGAUUUGGACUUCGUGGUAGAUGCAGUUUUCCACCAGUGGGAGAAAUUGGCGAGAGUUCUUCCGAAGGGCACGUGCAAUUCCGGUCAAAGGUACUACACUGCCAGUGAUAUUAGCCGGUUUAGUCAUGACUGGCGCACAUACAAGCUACGCUGUCGUGCAGCCCUGCUUGAGUGGAUACGAGGACAUCCAGAUCAUGGACCCAACCAGCUGUUGGAGUCACUGAAAGCCGCUGGUCUCGGCUCACUAAUUGGGAGGAUAUUGGCAGGUCUGCAGACAGAACGUCCCAAGUCACUCUCCUGCCUUGAGAUGCAAAGCAUGUCAACACCAGACCAGGAUACGAUUUUAGCUCCACUGGGACAAACUGAAGAUCUGCUGCCGUGUAUUCCCAGUAGUGAAAUCCGAUGCCUUCCGGAGCACCCCAUCAGCAAGUCUAGAGCCCUGGGCACUAACAGCACUAUGGCUAUGUGGCAAGGUGCAUUAAUUGCCCUGAGACACACUGGCGGACACGAGGCUGAGAUAGCGUCUCUGCAAGACAGGAAGGAUCGUAUCGACAGGCUGCAGAAUGAUUUCCGCGCCAUGUCACAGCUGCGACAUCCCAACAUCAUAGCAGUGUAUGGUCUGCAUGCACCGAAAACCGGCCAUGUAGCGCUGGUCGUGGAACCUAUGGAGACAACUUUGUACAGCCGGUGCCGUCUUCAGCCAAAGAUCCUCUAUACUGAUGUUCUCAGUGUUGUGACUCAAGUAGUGUCUGCAUUGGUCUAUGCAGAAACUAUGGGUAUCGUAUUGACAGAUGUCUGUACAAAGAACACAUUCCUACUCAAGUCUCACAGUGGACGCUACAUUGCCAAGGUCGGUGGCCACGCAAUCGUACAGAAAACACUAUCUCUCAACCGCCGCCAGUCCGUUCCACAGCACCUACUGGCUGGCAGUACAUCCGAUUUGCUUCAACGUCGCCUACUGAAACGCUCACACUCAGCUGGCGUACGUAGACAAGACAAUAUCUUCUCAGUUGGGAGCAUGAUCAUUGAAUCCCUUCUUGGUGGCGAGCUUGUUGGCAACAGCCCACAGCGAUGGGUUGCUGAUCUUUCUCGUCAAGGCUACACCAAUGCACAGCUUAUUCACUUGAUAACCAAGUGCCUGGAUCGUGCACCCAAGGGUCACAUAACUAGUGUUGACCUGCUGGAUCGUCUGGAAAGCAUCAGUGGAAGUUAUACACAUCAAGCAAUGUGUGUGGCAACCCCCACCAUUGCUCCACCAACAGACGUGUACUACUCACAGGUUUCAAGUGCUGUUGGUUCAGGAUCUGAGGACUGCCAUCAUGCUGAUGCUGAUGGUAAUAUCAUUCUCCUGCAGAGACUAAUGGCAGAGAAGAGAGCAUUGAAAGAGCAGGUUGAGUACUUGAAAAGUACUCUUCUGGCACAUGACAUUGAUCCUGCGCAGGCUAUUGCUACAAUCCCAACCCCACGGUCACCAUCACCACCACCACCACCACCACCACGUGCUCUGUCCACUGCAUCUCAAGGCACCACUCCGGAGGCGAGACAUGACAACUCGGAAGCGGCUGCUGCAUCCUUUGAGAAAGCAUCCAAUUCAAAGUCUUCUGUCUAUGAUAGUGACUCGUGUGAAUCAGCCAGCAGUGGCUCUUACACUGGGCCAUCAGAGCAGCACCUUCAAAACAAUGAGGUGGAGAAUACAAACAACCAAGUCUUGGAAGAGCAAGCUGAUGCCAGUUCAGUAUUCAAUGACGAUAUUGUGGUGACAUUUCCACCGUAUAACAAACAGAUUCAGGUGGCAACAUUUGGCAGCACAAGUCCGCCUCUUCAUCCUGCCCAUCCCGAUGAUGGUGAUGAUGUCGAAGAGGAGCAGGAGCAAGUGGACAAGGACAUUCCAACAACUGUUGUUGAAGCACGAAAUACCAGAAGUUCUCUAGCUCUAGCGAUGAGCUCACCCAGGAAGGAGAUUGCAAAACGGAGCAAACAGCAGCGUGUCUCAUUCUCUAUGCCCGACCCGGCCCCGUCGCAUGCCACUGGUGAUUCAUCACCUGAGCGGACAGGCCAGAAUGCUGCCACGUUAUGGAGGGUGCUGAGGCAACGAGCAACAAUUGUUGGCAAUUUUCGGCGCCGGAGAUCUAGUGUGGAUCCACAGCAGAGAUCUACAUCUCAAGUGAUCACUGGCACACUGAGAGAUAGCCCACUGAAGAGACACCAGAAUUCACCGGCCUCUGAUGCUGUAUCAUCGUCAAACUCAUCCCAGGAGGAAAUACUGACCCCGCCAGUGCUUUCCGCACCUCACCGCCGCAGGCCUGGUGUAAAGUGCUUUGCUCGGUUUUCACACGUUGCUACAGAUCAGAAAGAACUGACAUUGCAAUGUGGCGAGCCCUUGAUUGUUUGGGAGGGCGGCUCAUCUGGCGAGGGUAGUGACAGUAGUGAAGGAGGAACAUUCUAUGCCCGCUCUACUAUCACAGGCUCUUCAGGAGUAGUCUCGCCUGACAAUGUGGUACCACUGAAGAGAGUCAAGCGAAGACUCCAUGCGUACAACUUCAAUAGCCAGCCAUCAUACGAGUUGGAGCGUGUGAAGUGUCUGCUUGGGGACAAGCUACCUGAUGGGGCUCUUUCACAGUUCUGCAACGUUUUACUCAAGGAUAUGCACGGUGGAAAUGCUUUUGAGAUCAUCAGCAAUCAUUGUUCACAUGGCAACUACCACGAGUCAAGAGAUGUUUUUGAGGAAAUGUUCAAGCGUUGGAGCAAUGCCGAGAGUGCAAAUGGCCUUGAUUACUUCGAGGCAGCAAAGGUGCUAGCAGAUGGCUACGAGUAUCAGGUGCUGUCCAUUCUUGAGGUCCUUUCAGAACCCUAAGUCAUGUGACACGAUGUGACACGAUGUGACAUGCAGCAUGGGAAGUGAAUCUGCCACUCCAUGUGGGACAAUGCCAUGUCGACAAGCUGCUGCACAUGUGUGCUAUCUCCGUUUCACUCCAGCAUUGGGAGUAAAAUUUGCUGCCACAGCAGGUGUAGCAGGCUUGAUCAAUGCCAUUGGGUGAUUUUCUGUGACUAGUGUGGUGGUAUGACUUUGCAGUGGAUUGCAGGACUUAACUUUAGUCCUUAGCAUUGCUCGUGUGUUAUCCGUUAUCGGUGCUUAACCAUUAUGUUGCGUGCUGUAGUCUGAGCAAGAUUUCUCAGUCUGUGAUGCUGACUCGCAGAUGUACAUAACUCCAUUAUAUCAGGCACAUCAGUGUAUAAUUUCUCAUGGAUGACCUCAUAUCAAGAGUUUGCAGAUGGGCUACUGUAUGAGUUGAAUCUUUAGCGGGGCACAACGCCUGUGUAGCAUUUCAAGUAACGAGAAAGAACCCAUCGUCAACUCCAGAAACUUUACAUGUACAUGUAUAUUAUUAAUUCUCUCCUCUGCACAGGAGCAAUAGAAGACACGCACGCGCACAUGUGUGUGUGUGUGUGUGUGUUGUGUGUGUGUGUGUGUGUGUGUGUGUGCUGGCAGGGUCAUUAAAAUGUUUGCGCCCGCUAAGGGGAAAUUUUGCAAACCGUUAAACUUGUUUAACUCGUCACACUUUCAACGCUUACAGUGUGAGUUCUUGUUCACGAUCAUAUCCUUCACUUUUCUUACUUGAUUUGUUAUUCUUGCCUUUGCCUUAAAGUGACCAUGCCACAGCUUACAUUCACAAGUUACAUUCACAAGUUGGCAAUUGCAAUACCCGUUUCUAAGCCAGUUAAGUUAAGAUUGAGUUUUAUACUUCGCAAAUAUGCCUUGACUCUGGAGUUUGAACUGCAGCUAAUACUGCAUUGUUUAUCUUGCGCUACUUAUCAUACUACUCAUACUAGUAGUACUGUACAUGUGUAACAAAAUUCCCAGCCGAAACCCAACGUUUCGCAUGUACCGUAGUAACGAUCCAUCUGAUGUUAUGCUAAUAAUAGAGGACGAACAGCCUAGUUCUGUCCGCAGAUUGAGUA